CGAUGGCUUCUUCUUCUUCUUCUUCUUCUCCUUCUUCGUCCGUAUGCGGAUUUUGUUCGCCGGGAGCAAAGUGGCCUGCGUGGUAUGUAUCUCUGACGCAAGGAUGAGCGAUGGCGGCGGCUCUCCCAUCAGCGGCGGCGACGAGCAUGUCAUUGAGUUGCUCACCGUCUAUGGAGAAGAUGCAAGAUGAAGAGGAAGAGGAGGAGGAGGAGGAGGAGGAGAAGGGGGGUCCCAAAGCCGAAGGAGCGCGAAUUACAUGCCGUUCUCUAUUAACAUGUGGUCUCGUUGUCCGGUGGGUUGAUGUGCUGAGGGAGUUAUCGUUGUUGCUGAACAUAGCAACCCCGAUGAUGUGUUUGAAUCUCCUUUGGUACUCGAGGGUGGUAAUCUCUACAGCUUUCGUAGGCCACUUGGGCGAGAGCCAUUUAGCUGCUUGUGCUCUAGCCGUCAGCAUCGCUAAUGUGACUGGCUAUACUUUUCUGUACGGUCUUGCCAGUGGAAUGGACCCCAUCUGUGGUCAAGCAUAUGGUGCCGCCAAUUUUCGGCUCUUGGGACUGACUCUGCAGAGGGCCAUUUUGAUGUUACUCUGUGCCAGCGCGGUAAUAGUCUUUGGUGUGUGGAUGCACGUCGACAGACUCUUGCUGAGAUGCGGUCAAGAUGCUGUCAUAGCAUCCAUGGCUAUGGAGUACAUCGUCUGCCUCGUCCCCGAUCUCAUCGCCGUGACCUUCAUCUCCACGCUUCGAAGCUUUCUCCGCUCGCAGUGUAUCGCGAAGCCGAUGGUUGUCUGUGCUAUCAUUGCUGUCACUCUCCAUAUCCCUCUCACCUACUCCUUGAUUCACUCUGUCGGAUUGGGUUAUCGAGGUGCGGCGGCAGCUAUGGUGAUUACCGACUUCGUGUUCGCGGGGUUGUUGUUAGGGUUGGUGUGGUGGUCUGGCGCUGGUCAACGCAGCUGGCCCGGCAUGUCGGCGGAGUGUUUGACCGGUUGGAGCACUCUUUUGAAACUGGCUUUGCCUUCGUGCUUCAGCAUAGCGGUGGUGUGGUGGACCUACGAGGCUGCCCUGCUCGCCUCUGGUCUUUUCACCGAUCCAGAGGUCAGCGUCGGCGCCAUGGGCAUCUUGUUGAACAGCUCCGCGUUGCUGGCGAUGAUUCCGUUCGGCAUAAACAUGGCGGUCGCGACGCGCGUCGGGAUCGAGCUCGGAGCGCAGCGGCCCGCGAAAGCCUGUCUCGCGGGCGCCGUCUCUUGGGCCCUCGGGGUUGUCGUUGGCAUCUUAGUUCUUGUCGUCACCACUUUUGGAAGGUUCCGCUGGGCGCGGCUCUUCACCGACGACCUGGCGACGCAAGAGGCGGUGAGCGCCGCCCUCCCUCUUGUCGGCCUGAGCAAUAUGUGGGGUAGUCCUCAAGACUGCACGACGGGAAUACUUAGAGGCUGUGGGAGGCCGGGUGUUGCAUUGAUUGUCAAUUUCGUCAGUUUCUAUGCUCUCGGCAUUCCCGCUGCUCUUUACUUCGGAUUUGGUCGAUCUUUAGCGGUCAACGGGUUGUGGGUAGGUCUUAUGCUAGCGCAGCUGAGUGCAAUGAUAGGUCAAACGGCGAUUUGCGUUCACAAGAUAGAUUGGGUGUAUGAGGCAAGGAGGGCACGAGUUCUCACUGCUCGGGAUCGGGAUGACGUUUGUUCUCUGAGUCGGGACACGUGUCAAGAAUCCCGAUCUCCCGUCUUGUCGGAGUACCAUUGUUGUCGGGACUAUCUUCCUCUGUCUCCUUACGAUCAUCGGGAACGACGGGAAGAGAUCCAUUACCGUGGCGGCGGCGGCGGCGGCGGCGACGGCGGUGAGUACCGUGCUGAUCCGAGAAAUGCGUGCUUGAUGAGGUAUACGUCGUCUGAGCAACAACUACAGCGUGCGGAGAUAUCAUGGCUUGAUGAUGAAGCAACUACCGGUAGUGAGUCGCCUCGGAGUCGAGAGAGUGAGGGAGGCAGCGAGAGAGCUAGAGAAAGAUCAAGAAAUAGAUACGGAGUAGUGAUAGAGAGAGAGGGGGAGACCCGGGAUAGCGAAAUAGCAUCAGGAAGAAAUGAGGAGGGAUGGAGAGAGAGCAAGAGAGAGAUGGAAGCUGUAGGUCGAGGAGAAGAUUUGGCGACGCCGCUGCUGGUACGCCGGUCGCUGCCGCCGCCGCUCACACAUCAAAUAUCUGCUGAGCGCAGCAAUUGCAGUCCGUCGCCGCCUUCGGCGGACUCACUACCGAACCCACCUCCGAGAGACUCUGAGAGCGUGAGAGAGAUGGAGAUGGACGAUGCUUGUCGAGGAGAAGAGUUGACUUUGACAACCCCGCUGCUGCUGCGCCGGUCGCUCUCGGCAGAAUCGAUAGCGCCGCCGCCGCCGCCGCCGCCGCCGCUCACACGUCGGAGUUCUUCUGACCGCACGACGAGUUGCAGUUCGCCGGCGCCGUCAGACUCACCACCUUCAGUGCUUGAAAACGUUUUCUCCGUCCCUUUGGUGAUGACGUCAACGGCCGGCUGCAACUCCAACUACCCUCCAGGGCCUCCACAGUCGCCCCCUCCGUGCCGUCCCUCCCUCGCGGACUUCCUCAGAGUCUCCUCUUGUUCAACCCUCGCCGCUCUGCUGGGUGCCUCCUUUCCCUCCACAUCGCCUCACUCGAGACUGUGACGACAAAAAAAAUAAAAAAAAAUAAAAAAUAAAAAAAUGAAGACUGUGACGACCAUUUCUUCCCGUCUUGAACGGUUAUCCAAUGGAGGGAGGUGUCGUCAACUUGUCAGAGCGAGUUCCAUCGUGCGUGGUGGUGGAGCAGUGUGUGCGAACGUGGCAUGCAUGAAUCUGGACUCGCUCUGUGCCAGGUUCGUAUCAUGUUACGCUGGCAACUUGAGUACCGUACCUGGGGUAGAAGUCCUUUGAUGACUUGUUGCAUGGGUACUCUUGGGAAGAUUCUAUGACCUCUCAUGAUGAGAAAGGGAGGAGUUUCUCUCUGUCCGGUUCACGGCAGUGCUAACCGGAUUACUUGCAAAUACCUGCCGGGACCUAUCAAGUCCGGUUCACGUAGGAUGCAUGAAUCUGGACUUGCUCUGAGCCAGGUUCAUUCCAUUCUACUGCGCGAAGGCUUUCUGCGACUGUGCUCGCGCGUCUCGGAUGUGCUCUGUGCU